AUGUCAGACGAGUUGGCUCUCCCGAUUGGUAUCGACCUUGGAACAACUUACUCCUGCGUUGGAGUAUUUCAACACGGUAAAGUUGAGAUUAUCGCCAACGAUCAAGGAAACCGAACGACCCCGAGCUAUGUCGCCUUCAAUGAAACGGAGCGCUUGAUAGGAGAUGCGGCCAAGAAUCAAGCAACUCUUAACCCAAACAAUACAAUCUUUGAUGCCAAGAGACUUAUUGGUAGGAAAUUCAACGACCCCCUGGUUCAAUCCGACAGAAAAAAUUGGCCCUUCGAAGUAGUCAGCGAGAAUGGGAAACCCAAAAUCCGCGUGCAGUAUAAAGGCGCGGCGAAAAAUUUUACGCCGGAGGAAAUCAGUGCCAUGGUCCUAACCAAGAUGAAAGAGAUAGCCGAAGCUUACCUGGGCCAGACCGUUCAUGAUGCUGUUGUCACAGUACCAGCAUACUUCAACGAUUCACAGCGACAGGCCACCAAAGAUGCUGGAAAAAUAGCAGGGCUGAAUGUCAAGAGAAUCAUUAAUGAGCCCACUGCCGCCGCCCUCGCGUACGGUUUGGAGAAAAACCUCAGCGGCGAAAAGAACGUGUUGAUUUUCGACCUUGGUGGAGGGACCUUUGACGUCUCUGUGCUAACUAUCGACGAAGGUUCCUUCUUCCAGGUUCUCUCCACAGCUGGAAACACACAUCUUGGUGGAGAAGAUUUCGACAACCGCAUGGUGGACUAUUUUGUGUCAGAUUUCAAGCAGAAAAACAAGAAGGAUCUCAAGACCAACCCGAAAUCCUUGCGUCGCCUGAGGACCGCAUGCGAAAGAGCCAAGAAAACUCUGUCGUCUGCAACCCAAGCUAAUAUAGAGAUCGAUUCACUGUUCGAGGGAAUUGAUUUCUACUCCAGAAUAACCCGUGCCAAAUUUGAAGAGCUCUGUAUGGAUCUGUUCCGCUCAUGCCUCGACCCAGUGGAAACUGCCCUUAAAGAUGCGAAGCUUAACAAACGCAAAGUGCAUGACGUGGUUCUCGUUGGAGGAUCUACAAGAAUCCCAAAGAUUCAGAGUCUGUUAGAAGAAUUCUUCGAAGGAAAACAGCUGAACAAAUCAAUCAACCCUGACGAGGCCGUGGCGUAUGGUGCCGCUAUCCAAGCAGCGGUCUUGUCCGGAAACAGAAGUUCCGAACUCAGGGAUAUCCUGCUGCUCGACGUUGCACCCUUAAGUCUCGGGAUUGAAACCGCCGGUGGGGUAAUGACCACUAUAGUUCAACGCAAUACAAAGAUUCCAGCGCAAGUUUCUAAGGAAGAGUUCUCAACUUACUCAGACAAUCAAACAGCCGUUACCAUCCAGGUGUUUGAAGGAGAGCGUGCCUUCACCAAAGACAACAAUCUACUGGGACGAUUUGAUCUGAAAGGAAUCCCCCCUGCACCACGAGGUGUGCCCAGGAUCGAGGUCUCCUUCGAUGUUGAUGCCGACGGGAUCUUAACUGUUUCCGCCAAGGAUCAGAGCACUGGGAAUAGCAACAACAUCACUAUCACCAACGACAAGGGAAGGCUGUCCAAAACGGACAUCGAUCGCAUGGUGGCUGAAGCGGAGAAGUACAAGGAAGAAGACGAGAAGAAACGCGACAAGGUAAAUGCAAAAAACAACCUGGAGGGCUAUGCGCACCAAGUCAAACAAGCUGUAGAAGAUCCGAAAAAUGAUCACAAGCUUGAUCCUGAAGAUAAGAAGAUAGCGAAGAACAAGGCGCAAGAAGUGAUUGCUUGGUUGCAACGCAAUCAAGAAGCUGAAAAAGAGGAGUAUGAAGAAAAGCAAAGAGAUAUACAGCAAGUGUGUUCACCAAUCAUGUCCAAGGUACAAGGACAGGAGACCCCGGAACAAGGGCAAAACAGCUACUGCGGUGGACCUUCGGGUGCAAGGCCAACCCCCAAUAGAUACAGUUCUAUAGUCGAGGAAAUUGAUUGA